AUGAAGACGACUUGGAAGGAGAUACCUCCUGUGCCUACAAGCCAGGAAUUUUUAGAUGUGGUCUUAAGCCGCACACAAAGACGCUUACCCACUCAGAUCCGCAGUGGUUUUCAAAUCUCAAGGAUAAGAAAUUUCUAUACACGCAAGGUCAAAUAUACUCAAGAGACUUUCACCGAAAAGUUGUCUCUGAUUCUCGAGGGUUUUCCCCGUCUUCAAGACAUACAUCCUUUCCACAAGGAUUUGUUGAAUACGCUCUACGAUGCCGACCAUUUCCGAAUAGCCCUUGGCCAGCUCUCGACCGCUAAACACCUCAUCGAAACCGUCUCUCGAGACUAUGUCCGUCUCCUCAAAUACGCACAGUCGCUCUUCCAAUGCAAGCAACUCAAACGCGCAGCCCUUGGCCGCAUGGCCACGAUAUGCCGGAGGCUGAAAGACCCUCUCGUGUACCUCGAGCAAGUGCGCCAACACUUGUCACGUUUACCAGCCAUCGACCCCAAUACGCGCACCCUGUUGAUCUGUGGGUACCCUAACGUCGGCAAGUCUAGCUUUCUUCGCAGCGUUACAAGAGCGGAUGUGGAUGUACAACCCUAUGCUUUCACGACAAAGUCGCUCUUUGUAGGCCACUUCGACUACAAAUAUCUUCGCUUCCAGGCAAUUGACACUCCCGGUAUUCUUGAUCACCCGCUAGAGGAAAUGAACACCAUAGAGAUGCAGUCCAUUACCGCAAUCGCCCAUCUACGCUCCGCUAUACUAUACUUCAUGGACUUGUCUGAGCAAUGCGGUUAUUCUGUGAAUGCACAAAUCCAGCUGUUCCACAGCAUAAAACCCUUGUUCGCUAACAAGCUCGUCUUCGUGGUAAUCAACAAGAUCGAUAUCAUGAAACCAGAGGAUCUCGACGUUGAGACAAAAGCCAUGCUGGAUUCCAUGUUGAAAUCUGGGGAGGUAGAGCUAUUGCAAUUAUCAUGCACGACAACGGAAGGAGUGACAGAAGUGAAGAACGCUGCAUGCGAACGGCUCAUCGCAGACCGUGUAGCGCAGAAGCUCAAAGCUGGAACGAACAGCAGCGGCUCAAUCGGCGGAAGGUUAGGCGAUGUGCUCACCCGUAUCCACGUCGCUCAACCUCUCGGUGGAAUCCUGCGAGAACCAUACAUCCCAGAUGCGGUGAAAAAGCUCCGCAAAUUCUCCAAAGACGAUCCAGGCCGCAGACGUCUCGCCCGCGACAUCGAAGAAGAAAACGGUGGCGCAGGCGUCUAUAAUAUCAACCUCAAAGAUCAGUACAAGCUCGAUGAUGAAGACUGGAGAUAUGACUGCGUCCCCGAAGUCUUCGACGGCAAGAACGUUUCUGACUUCAUAGAUCCCGAUAUCGAAACCAAGCUUGCUGCUCUUGAGGAGGAAGAGGAGAAGCUGGAAGCAAAGGGCUACUACGAUUCCGACGACGAUGUCGAAGACGCCGACGAAGCUGAUAUUCGCAUGAAGGCGGAUCUGAUACGUGAGAAACAGGAGGAAAUCAGGAACGAAGCCCGCAUGAGGAAAUCCCUCAAGAACCGCGCUCUAAUCCCUCGCCGCUCACAACCCAAGAAGCUUUCAGUGAUGGAAGACUCCCUCGACAAACUCGGCUUUGACACCACCACCAUCUCCGCACGCGCUCGCUCGCAAUCGCGCGGGCGGAGCGCACUGAGGAGCCGGACAGGCACUGAGGACGCCAUGGACGUGGACACGCCAAUGAGCAACGUAGAUGCACUGAGGGCGAAGAGCAGAGCCAGGAGCCAGAGCAACAGGAGGGACGACGGUGUGACGAGUGAGGCGGCGAGGAGUAAGGCGGAGCGGCUGAAUAAGCUGGGUCAGAAGAAAAUGAACAGGAUGGCGAGGCAGGGAGAGGCGGAUAGGCAUACUACGGCUGCGAUGCCGAAGCAUUUGUUCUCUGGGAAGCGUGGUAUGGGCAAGACGCAACGGAGGUAG